ACGUUACAAGAAAAAAAAAACAAAAGGAAAAUAAAAUUUUCUUUUUUUUUCCUCUAAAACCUUGGAGUUUUUGUCUGGACGUGUUUUUUCAUAAUGGGAGGAGAGUACGGAGCAGUCAGAGCCGCCAACGCUGCGGCGGCGUUAGAGAUACAGUCGUCCUCCGAAGAUCCCGAUCAACCAUCUCCACUUCGAAAAAUCGUCUCCGUCGCUUCCAUCGCCGCCGGAAUACAGUUCGGUUGGGCCUUACAGCUCUCUCUUUUGACUCCUUACGUGCAACUCCUUGGGAUCCCUCACAAGUGGUCGGCUUACAUGUGGCUCUGCGGUCCAAUCUCCGGUAUUCUUGUUCAACCAAUCGUCGGUUACUACAGUGACCGUUCCGAGUCGAGAUUUGGUCGUCGUCGUCCGUUCAUCGCCGUCGGAGCCGUGCUCGUAGCUCUCUCCGUUUUCUUUAUCGGGUUCGCGGCGGAUCUUGGACAUAAAUUGGGAGAUCCAAUAGGGGAGAAGGUAAAGACCCGAGCCAUUAUUAUCUUCACUGUCGGGUUUUGGAUCCUUGACGUGGCGAACAACACUUUACAAGGACCAUGCCGUGCUUUCUUAGGCGAUCUAGCCGCUGGUGACGCCAAAAGAACGCGUCUCGCCAACGCGUGUUUCUCGUUUUUUAUGGCGGUCGGGAACGUUUUAGGUUACGCUGCUGGAUCUUACACCAACAUUCACAAGAUGUUUCCGUUCACAGUGACCAAAGCUUGCGACACCUACUGCGCCAAUCUCAAGAGCUGUUUCUUCGUAUCCAUCACUCUCCUCCUCCUCGUCACCUUCUCGUCUCUAUGGUACGUUAAAGAAAAACAAUGGUCUAAGCCACCGCAGGCAGACGACAAUAAAAAGUCAGGUCUUUUUUUCUUUCGAGAAAUAUUUGGAGCUCUCAAAGUCAUGGAACGUCCCAUGUGGAUGCUUCUGAUCGUCACGGCUAUCAACUGGAUCGCUUGGUUCCCUUUUAUUUUGUAUGAUACGGAUUGGAUGGGUCGUGAAGUGUUCGGUGGUAACUCAAACGGGAAUGAACGGUUGAAGGAUCUUUAUAACCAAGGAGUUCACAGUGGUGCUUUGGGUUUGAUGUUUAAUUCUAUACUUCUUGGUUUCGUCUCGCUUGGUGUUGAAUGGAUUGGUCGGAAAAUGGGAGGAGCCAAACGUCUUUGGGGUUUGGUGAAUUUCAUCCUCGCCAUUGCUUUGGCCAUGACGGUUCUCGUUACGAAAUCAGCCGAACAUCACCGGAAAAUCGCCGGUCCUUUAGCCGGACCUACCCCUGCUAUUAGAGCUGGAGCGUUAAGUCUCUUUACCGUUCUUGGUAUACCAUUAGCUAUUACAUUCAGUGUUCCAUUUGCACUAGCGUCCAUAUUCUCUAACAGCUCCGGUGCAGGCCAAGGACUUUCAUUAGGAGUUUUGAAUAUAGCGAUUGUGAUACCACAAAUGAUAGUAUCAUUUUUAAGUGGACCUUUCGACGCACAAUUCGGCGGUGGGAAUUUACCGGCAUUCGUGGUCGGAGCAAUUGCGGCAGCGAUAAGUGCAGUAUUAGCGUUAACUGUUAUACCUUCACUGCCUCCGGAUGCACCAAUGCAGUCAGGGGCUAUGGGGUUCCAUUAGUUUACUGUUUUCUUUAAGAAGAAAAAAAAUUCCCAUUUAGAUAUAAUAGUUUUGUGCAAAACAGAAUGAAGAACCUAUAAAUGAAUGGGUGGAGUGAGAUAAUGUAAUAAACCUCUUUGGAUCGUCUGUAUUUCAUAUUUCCUUUGGUUUUUUCUUUAAAAAUAUUUUACUGUGUAUUGAAAAAAUAUUUAUAUUUGAUUGUGUUUUUUUAUU